GAGUCUACUCGUUUCCAAUUGUUUCUAAAUCAACAUGACUCCACUGCUUAUCAUUUGCUACUUCAUCUACACAACUUUCACAACCACUAUAUUGUCAAUCCUCCUCGGCCUCCGCCUCCUCCGCCGCCGCCUUUUCUCCCCGAGCACCUCCUCGGACAACGUUGGAAAUGUCGUUGCACUAUACGAAGGAGCUCUCAAUCACGAGCGCCGCAACCCGGUCCGUAACUCCUUCCGGUUCACCACGCGCUAUGCUCUCAUCGACCUCGACCGUGCACCCUACGCGCCGCCCACGUAUCUCUCAGCCGACGAGGCUCGCCGAAUGGCCAAGACAAAUGGACCGGUAUUUCUUCUGACAACUCUUCCGAGUUUGGGAUAUCGAAGCACUCCCGUGAGCUAUUAUUAUUGCUAUGAUAUCGAUGACUCCAAGAAAAGUUUCAAGAAAUGUAUUGUGGAGGGCACCAAUACACCAUGGGCCGAAAGCGUAACGUUUGUGUUCGAGCCGAGCUUCGAUUCAGUCCCAAAAUGUGAAUACAUAAGCCCUUUCUCGGAUAUGCAUGGACAUUGGAGGCUUAAAGUGAGUGAGCCAGGGGAGGAUUUGUACGCAUAUAUUUCAGUUGAACAUCCAAAAUUUGGCAAUAAUUAUUUUAUAGCAACUUUGAAAGCCAAGAAAGUCCAAAUUUCCUCUACAACACCAGAUGAUCUUGAAGCAUUCUUUUGGUUGCAACCCCAUAAAGGCUCACUUAUUUCCUAUUGGAAUGGUGUGAAGCUUUGGUGGAAAAAUGCUGAUUUCCAUGAACAUCCAAGAAAAGAGAAUUCAAUGUAUAGAGAAAAGGCCCUAGAAAGAAAUCAAAAGAUUCAAUUUUGCCCUGCAUUUGGAGGCAACAGCGCAGCGAAUGCCGUCGUCGUUAGCCAUGAAGACACGAUUGAUCGAUGCUUCAUGUGGAAAGAUGCUCCAUGGCCAUGGUCAUACUUAAUUGCACCAAUAGCCUCAUCGACGUCGAAAACAUCAUAGGUAGCUCGUUAUACUAGGAACCAUUUUCAGCUUUUAAAUCAAAAUCUACAAAGAAAUUUGUCAGUUUGUUGAAUGAAUUCAUAGUUCAAGGCUCGAUUUCCAGAGGUGAUA